UCUUCUCUCCACCACUUCCAUCCUUUCUUUUCCUAGGCCUCAAUUAUUAAGUCCAAAUUGAAGUUAUAUAGUCUCUCUAUAUAUACUCUAUAGUUCUAGUGUGACAAUAAUUUGAUUAUUGUACAAUGGCUGAUUUAGGUUCUUCAGCUUCUUCUAAGAGAAUGUGGUGUUCAAUUCCUGAAAAGUUUCAACUGCAUGUGGCCAUGUUGGCCUUGCAGUUUGGUUAUGCUGGUUUCCAUGUUGUCUCAAGAGCUGCCCUUAAUAUGGGAGUUAGCAAACUUGUUUUUCCUGUUUAUAGGAACAUCAUUGCUCUGCUUCUCCUCCUUCCCUUUGCAUAUUUCUUGGAAAAGAAGGACAGACCACCAAUUAAUUUGAACUUCCUCAUCCAGUUCUUUUUUCUAGCACUUAUUGGGAUUACAGCAAACCAAGGUUUCUACUUGCUUGGCUUGGACAACACAUCCCCUACCUUUGCAUCAGCAAUACAGAACUCUGUCCCUGCCAUUACAUUUCUCAUGGCAGUCAUACUAAGGAUAGAGCAAGUGAGACUGAAUAGAAAAGAUGGAAUUGCUAAAGUAGCAGGAACAAUAUUUUGUGUAAUUGGUGCAACAGUGAUUACACUAUACAAAGGUCCAACAAUAUAUAGUCCAACUCCAAGUAAUAACUUAAAUUUUAGUAACACAACAAUAAUAACAGAAGUAACAACAACAAUAACACCUAUGAUUGAUUUUGGAACAAUGUCAUUGGGUGAUGCAAAAGGAAAAAAUUGGACACUUGGUUGUUUGUAUCUGAUUGGACAUUGUUUGUCUUGGUCUGGUUGGCUUGUGUUCCAAGCACCUCUCCUUAAAAAGUACCCUGCUCGUCUCUCUGUUACUUCAUAUACAUGUUUCUUUGGUCUCUUGCAAUUUCUUCUUAUUGCUUUGGUUUGUGAAAGAAAUGCUCAAGCUUGGAUUUUUCACUCUGGUGGAGAAGCUUUCACCAUUUUAUACGCGGGAGUUGUGGCAUCUGGAAUUGCUUUUGCAGUACAGAUAUGGUGUAUUGAUAGAGGAGGUCCUGUGUUUGUUGCUGUGUAUCAACCUGUUCAAACUUUUGUUGUUGCCAUUAUGGCUUCUCUUGCUUUAGGAGAAGAGUUCUACUUGGGAGGGAUAAUUGGGGCAGUGUUGAUAGUAGCUGGACUAUACUUUGUAUUGUGGGGUAAAAAUGAAGAGAAGAAAUUUGCAAAGGAACAGCUUGCAAUUGCAUCAUCCACUACAGAACAUAGCAUCAUUAGGCCCUCAAGCCAUGCUAAAGCAUCACUUACUCAACCAUUCCUCUCUUCAUCAACAGAAAAUGUUUGAUCAAUAAUUUAAUUAUUGAUUACUAGUACCUUAUGUCAUGAAGCUUGUGUGUGAUGCAUGUGAUCCAUUUUAUUUUUUUUAUGUUCUUUUAAUUCAAAUGUUUUCUUAGUUAGUAGGUUUUUUAGAAUGGGAGUUUUUCUAUGGGAAUAUUGUAAUAGUGGAUGUCACUUUAAGAGGGGCCAAGAGCUUCAUGAAAUCCCAUAUGGUUGUUUUUUAUGUUAGUUAAUUUAUAUGAGUUGAUUUAUGAAAAAAAAUUAUUUGAGAUUAUAA